AUGGCAGACCCGAAAGUGUGCGAAGAUCUUGUAAAAGAAAGAAAAAAAUGUACCUUCGAUGUAACGGAACUAACCAAUCUAAUUGAUGGGGGAGCUCAGGGCACUGAGGAAAGGCAUUAUGUUGAAAACUUAGUGCUCAGUACAGAAGGAUUGAGCACAAAGAAUGAGGUUCCAGAAGAAUAUCUUAGCCAUAAAGAAAGAUACGAGUAUGCCAUCAAGAAAGCUUGCAUCUUGUAUGAGGUUCUCAAGGAGUAUGCAGCUAAACAUAACACCAUGGAUGCGUUCAAACCCACAAAUAAGUACCGUGUGACGUUCGGUGUGGUAAAAGACAUAUCGCCGUUCAUGUUACACAUGGGUAUGUUCGUGCCGACCAUACUGAACCAGUCCGACCCUGAACAGAUGGCCGAGUGGCUGCCGCAAGCUAUGUCUAUGGGAAUCCUGGGAACUUAUGCACAGACUGAACUCGGCCACGGAACUUUCCUGAGAGGAUUGGAAACGACAGCUACAUACGAUCCUGCCACAGAAGAAUUUGUGCUGCACACUCCUACCCUCACUGCUUAUAAAUGGUGGCCCGGAGGAUUGGCACAUACAGCUAACCACUGCAUUGUAGUAGCCCAGCUGUACUCUAAGGGCGAAUGCUAUGGCGUCCAUCCAUUCUUCGUCCAAAUCCGUGACACCGACACCCACAUGCCUCUUCCUGGUGUGAAAGUGGGAGAGAUCGGACCCAAGAUGGGUUUCCAGACAGCUAACAAUGGGUUCUUAGGAUUUGAUCACUUCAGGAUUCCAAGAAGGAGCAUGUUGAUGAAGAAUGCUCAGGUCUUGAAAGAUGGAACAUACGUAAAAUCUAAAAACGAUAAGCUAACGUACGGCACUAUGGUGUUCGUGAGAGUCCUCAUCGUUACUGAUGUGGCAUACGAACUAUCAAGAGCUGCUACCAUCGCUGUCAGAUACUCUGCGGUCAGACACCAGUCACAACCAAAACCUGGUGAACCUGAACCCCAGAUCCUGGACUACGUGACACAGCAACACAAACUGUUCAUCGGAGUAGCCACCAGCCAUGUGUUCAGAGUAACGGGUUACUGGCUCUGGGACAGUUACUCCAAGGUCAUCGCUGACGUCGGCAAGGGCAACAUGGACCAACUGCCUGAGCUCCACGCCCUAGCAUGCUGUCUGAAGGCUGUGUGCAGUCGUGACGCGACAGCACGUGUUGAGGAGUUCAGGCUCGCGUGCGGCGGGCACGGCUUCAUGGCAUCCUCCAACCUGCCCAUCAUUAACGGCAUUGUGUCCGCCACGAUCACCUACGAAGGGGAAUACACCGUGCUCAUGUUGCAGACUGCGAGGUUCCUUGUGAAGGCUUGGAAGCAGGCGACACUGGGUAACGCGAUGACACCAACAGUGUCAUACUUGUUGCGAUUCUUCAAUAACGACCGCGUGCACUGGGAGACCAGCCCCGAGGGUAUCGUUAGCGGUUUCCUCGCCAUCGCUGCAGGGAAGACCAAGGCUGCCUGUGAAAGUCUUCAGGAGUACGAGAAGAGUGGCAUGGACUACGAAGACGCUUGGAACAGUGCCUCAGUUCAGCUAGUUAAUGCCAGCGAGGCUCACUGCCGCGCCAUCUUAUGUGAAGUGUCGUGGAGGGAGCUCUCUCGUCUUGCAGCGCAGUCAUCCCCGAGUCUGGGCAAAGUGCUGCUUCAGAUGGGUGAAUUGUACCUCAUCUAUUGGGCUCUGGAGAAACGAGGAGAUCUUCUACUGUAUUCAACAAUAACGAGGGCUGAUAUCGCCAAGCUGCAGGCCAGAUAUGAAGUCUUAUUGGGACUGUUGCGACCCAACGCCGUCGGUCUUGUCGAUGCUUUCGAUAUCAAGGAUGAGAUUCUAAACUCAACCCUCGGUGCGUACGACGGUCGCGUGUACGAGCGACUGAUGGAGGAGGCGCUGAAGAGUCCUCUGAACGCGGAGCCAGUCAACCAGAGCUUCCACAAGUACCUCAAGCCCCUAAUGAUGAAAGCGAAACUGUGA